ACAGUUAGCGCGCUUCAUGAAAGUUGCGUUGCGACGUGCAACUGACGGUCGAUAAUAGAUUCAUGUGCAGUUGAGGGCUUCUAGAAAUCGCAAUCUUAUAUCCCUUUGGAAUAUUUUAGUUUUUAAGGAUGAUGCAAGACGGAGUCACCCGUUCCGUAUCUCAAGGGGGCUGAAAAAUGGUGCAAGUAAACAAAAAAAAGGACGAGAAGCAGAGAAAACAAUGUUCAUGGAGAAAUGGUUAAGUAAACAGGAGCAUCCUAAUAGGUUAAAGGAAAUAACUGUAGACAAGGUAUGAGUGGAAUAAUCAACUGACAAAUGGAGGUGGUUCAGAAAGAAACUGAGAAUAUGUAGUUGUAAAAUAUAGUGCUAAAAGCAGUGUUAUGAUACAUAAAUGACUGUCUCCCGUUUUUUGUCGACGCUAUUGGAGCCUUUUUUAGAUUUUAUAGGGUCUUGAGUAGGCUUCGUCUUUCUUUAUUUUUAUUUUAUCGGAUUGUCUAGUUUGCUUGUAAUAGGAUUACUGGGUAGGAAGUUAAACCAAUUUAACAUUCUAAACACGAUUUAAUGAGGUAUUUUGCAUGAUAAAUCAUCAUCAAUACCACUAGUUCGUGACAUUCAACUAGACCGUAAGGAGCCGUAAUUUAACAAAAUGUUCUGCCCUACAGACAUGGGUGGAUUGAAGUUAUCUCCCCGCCAUCAUGUUUGCUGGUCAGUAACGCCACCCUCCUAAUGAUUUUAUGAAACUCGCCUGGGUUACUCUUGCUUCCAAGUAAUGAAGAUACGAAGUGGACAGUAGUUGAAAUCUGGAUUAUAUACGAGGUACUGUUGAUUAGAUUCUUCGAUUAACACAGCGUUGUAGACUGAAUUAGUACAUGUCCAGAAUAAAUUCAAGCCAAAUACGUAGCAUUGCCUGACGAACAGUCUAACCGAGAUCUAAGAUUGCAGAACAUUUAUAGUUCGAACUCACCGCAAAUUUCUAGCAUUUGUAUCCUCUGUUUGGCCAUGGAACUCGGCAAUUGGAAAUUAGGCAGGCGGUGGUCAAAAAUAGAAAUAUUCUAGUGGAUAUAGGUUAAGCAGGAAUACGAAUUUAAAGUCGACAGUUAAUCUUGUCUCGCAUAAACUAUUGGAUAAGUUACAAACCGAUGUGCGUUCGCGUUGCCUUGUGGCUAUACCCACGAGUGGUUGAUAUUUUAACAGACAUAUUACACAGGAGCAUUUACAUGCUGCUAAUGCUUGUUAAAGAACCACGAUAGCUGAUUAUAACCGUAGUUGACUAGUUAGUUCUACCUACUGAACUAGUUAUUUGAGUUUAAAUACUAAUCAACAUUGAUAUGAAGCAACGAAAGUUCACAGUAACAGAUCAACAUAGGCGAUGAUAAAAAUGGAAAAGAAUAAGUAUAGAUUGCAAUAAUAAAGACUAUAAUGAUAGGUUGCGUUAUUCGCAGUCUUGCUCACCAGUGUAGAUCACCAGCGUGGAUGAUCUAUGUCGAAAUGAUUGGUGGCUUACUCGAGUUAGACGUGAGUGGUGUGACAAACUAGCUGACGUUGAAGUCACACUUUGCGGUCAGCAUCUUACGUGGAUUACCCCAUUGACGUAUCAAGGUACUAUAGAUGCUUUGAAGACUGUACAACACAGAGGACGUUAUUACAGAAAUAUAUUAGUUAAAGUAGAUACAAGAGAAGGUAAGACCACUGCCGCAUGGGCCAGUCCAUGGCGUACGAUCAACUGAUGCGCGUUGGUUGUCCUUGACAUUGACGAGUAUUGAUGAUUUUGUUCGAUAUUCAAUGGCUAGGGCUCAGUGGAAUUUCACUGGCCCUACAUAUCCAUUCAAGUGACAUGCGUUUGGAAAGAAGCUAGAUCUAAACAGGAAAACGAAUAUUAAGCAUAAGCACUUUAAGUAAUCAACUAUCUACAUUAUUAAUAAGUGAGGACAUUCGACUGCACAACAAAGAAUAUUUUUUAAGCUCGGUCGAUGUACCAACUUUAUCUAUGAAAACUGAUAUUAUGUAAAAAUAAACGCUUUCUGCAUACACAAACCUUAACACCCGUAAGCCUGAUAAUUAAAGGGUAUUAAGUUCUCAUCGCAAUCACUAAAACACCUCAAACUCUACGUAACUACUUUUGUUUAUAUUCUUCAAAGAUGGUAGAUUCGGUCGACUAUGAGCAUCAGCUCACUAAUUAAGAAGGCGAAUGCUGUAUCCCAAGUUUCUAGGGAUUUAUUCAACGAAAUUCAACUGAAAAUGAAAAUACGAUGCAUAUGAAAUAUUUGAUUUCACUUUCGUUUCCUUAGACUGGAUUCUUGACUAUGAUUGUUCUUAAUAAUUUUCCUAUCAAAACUGAUGCACUUGGCGAUAAAAAAGUUGAAACAAUUAUGAUACAUUCCAAUAAAAGAGAAGCACCUGUUGCCAGUCCUCCUAAACUAGAUGACAACGGUCAUAAAAUCCCUCUAGGUAAAAACAUAGCCUUCUUACAGAAGCAGCAUGAGGCCAUGCUGAAAGGUUUGCAUCAAGAGAUUGAAUCCUUGAAAAAAAUUAAUAAAGACUUGCAAUAUCGUCUGGUAAUGUGUACGUGUUCUGCUGGCUAUUCUGAUGAUGAUUUACUACAAAAUAAAACCAAUGAGAACUCCCUAAAACAAGAAAUAUUGAUUUUGCGGGAAGAUCUUGAAAAUGAAAGGAAGAAGAACGCACGUUUGAUUCAGCAGCUAGAGGAAUUGGAAGUAUCUCAGAAUCCUGUCAGAGGACUUCCAAGAUUCGCAUGUAAAAAUGGACGAUUGUCGACAUAUUCAGGGCAAAAGAAUAUUUUAAAGAAUAAUGAAAUGUCCCAGAGUUUAAAUAAAAUUCAAACUCACCAUGAUAAUAGUGGAUUCUUAAAAGGAUGUCAAGAUGUCCCAAGUAAAAAUACCGAUUUCAUAACAGAUACAGUCACUGUAAAUAAUAACCUGAUAGCACCUACAACUGGAACAUUAUCAGUCAAUAAACUUAUACCAACCACUUCUCAUUCAGUUCCGAUUAAAUCAUCAACAACGCUGAAUAUACCAGGAAAUAAUUUCUUGACAAAACGAAGUAUUCUUCAUUCAUAUGAUAAUGAACAUGUUUUUGAAAAACAAGGAGAGGAAAUAAUCGAAUCAAAUGAUGAAUUAAUCAAUACACACUUAUUACCAUUUCGAUUACCUGCAUUAAAUUUUAGAAAACCACUUAUUCAAGCUUCACUGAGUAAUGAACAACAUAAAUUAAAUACAAACAAUAUAAAGUAUUCACCUACACGUGGUUCACUAAAAAAUGAAAAAAUAUUCAAUAGCGAAUUAAAAAUAACUCGUCCAAUAAAAAGUGCCACAGGAUACAAUAAUAACUCAACUACAUCAUUGGAAGUGUCCGUUAAUAAUCUACAAACUGAAUCGAUUGAUUCAAAAACCUCACAUGAUCAUUAUCAACAAUUACAUGAUUUAAAUUUAAGAAAAGUUACACAAGCUUAUUCAAUUGGAUUAAAACCAUUUCUACCAUCAUUAAUAAAACCAGCAGAUGUAAUGAUGAAUCGUCAAAACGAUCGUCAUCAAAAGAAAUCUACAAAAAGCUUACAACGUAAGCGUGUACAACAAAAUAUUUAUCCAUUUUAAAUGGUGAUAAUAAUAAUAAUAGUAACAAUUGAAAAAGAAAAUCAGCAUUGAAAUUUUGUUUAAAUAAGUAUAGAUAAAGAUAACAUUCCAUAUAUUUUUAUUUUCAAUAUUCAUUAAACUAAUAAAAAGUGGUGAAUCAUGCAGUGGAAGUCACUAAUCGCGUUCGUUUGAAUAAAUUAUGUUUGUUGAAUAUUAAGAAAAAUAUUUUAGUUAUGGAAGGCAGCAGACAUAUUAACAAUGGAACAGUUCAAUGCUCAAUAAUAAAAUCAUGCAACAAAUUUAACUCUCAGAUGGAAUUCAAAGGUUAAAUUAUUUAAAAUGUAAGUAAACUUUUACUUAGUUUAUUAUAUGAAGAAAAGAAACAGUUUUAUAAAGACAAAACGGUAUUUUUAUUGGUUCAUAUUAUUGUUUUCAAGAUUGUUUUAUUCAUUUCUUCUAUCAUCAUCAACAACAAUUAAUUAUAAUAAUUUGUUUUACUAUACAUUUAUGCUUGAUUCAUCUGUGAGAACACUGAUAGAUUAUUGUCAAGAUCAUUAUGUUUGCUUGUCAUUACGUAAUUACUGACUUUUAUCAUUACUAAUAUUAUGAUUAUCUAGGUAUAUCAGCAUGAAUACAUGUGAAUUUAUACAUCAUAGCGGUAGUUACACUAUACAAUAGUAGCUAACUUUCUCCAUUAUGACAAAUACCUAUAAAUUCACGCCUAUGCAAACUACAUAUGUAUAUCGUCUAUCCAAUCAAUAUACUCAUGUGCCAUGACACAACAAUUGUUGUUCAGAUGGGUUAGCAUUUAUAUCGGUUGCUUAUCACCUUUGACUUUUAAUAUUGUCAAUGUUCGAUACACGUUUAUGCAGAAUAAUGUUGAACAAGUUAAUCUGUUUACAUCUGACUUUUCAACAAAACGUAUUGUCAUCUACAUAAUAAAUUAAUGAUGAUGACAAUAUAUGUUAAUGAAACAUGUUUUAAAAUGGUUUACUUACUAUUUUCUUGUGUUUUACUAAUCUAGAAUAGAAUCAAAAAUCCAAAUGACAAACCUGAGAUAACUUGAACUAAUUAAGUGCAGUUUUUAUUAGUUUGUAGUGUUGUUAAGUAAGUCAAUAUUUAUCAUAACGAACGAAUUCUUUGGAAUGAAAUAAAUUGACCCAUCCACUCCAAUAUCUCACUAGUCCUUAUCAGUAUUUGAUCUGUAAAACUCCAAAGAGUUGUUGACAAGCGAAAAUAUAAGCAUUUCUAAUCAACCUAAAAUUACU